CCCAAAAUCAAUCUCCCAAACUCCACUGUCAAAAAGUGCAGACGAUUGCAUCGCUCGAUUUCAACUCUUCGUUGACCGCCACUUCUUCCCUAAUCUCGUUAGGGUUUUAAUGAGGGAUUAGCGAUUUAAUUGGGGAAAAGGAAGUGAUUCAGCCUCGCGUCAAUGGAGGUGCCGCCCCCCGCCCCCGCCGCCGCGCGGAAUGGCGGAUUCGCGAUGCCGCCAGCUCCCUCCCGCAAGGAGUGGCGCGUUGUGUCGGAGCAAUCCGCUCGAAACUCCGCGAAUGAGGAGUUGGAGCGUUCGAAGCUAGUUCAGUCUGAUGAGAGAUUGAUAUACGAGGUACAGCAUGGGAGGGAGCCGGUGGAUGUGGAUUUUUGCUCUGUAACUAUUGAUGGGGAUUCGGACAACGAUAUUUUGCAGCAGAGACUUCAUGAGGUGGUUAAGCAGAGGGAGGAGUUGCAGCAUAUGGAGAUUGAGCUUCGGGCGCAGAACAUUGCGAGAUCCGAGAUUUCGAGAAUUCACAAUACAUUUGAUGCUCAAAUCAAAGAGCACAGAAAUGCUAAUGUUGAACUGCAGGAGCAACUGCAUGAAAAGGAACAGAAAAUCCGUGAGCUGGAGAUGAAGAUGGAAGAUAAGGAUAGAGAGUUGCAUGCUAUUAGGUUGGACAAUGAAGCGGCUUGGGCCAAAGAAGAUCUUUUGAGGGAACAAAGCAAAGAGAUUCAGAGCUACAGGAGGGAAAGGGACAGCUCUGAAGCUGAAAGAUUGCAGCACAUUAAUCAAAUCCGGGAACUUCAAGAACAUAUUCAAGAGAAAGAUUGCCUGGUCAUGGAGUUGCAAGAACAGAAUAGGACUGCCCAAGAAACCCUUAUCUUUAAAGAGGAGCAGUUACGAGAAGCACAAGCCUGGAUGACUCAUGCACAGGAAUUGGAUGCUUUACAUUCAACCACUUACCACAGUUUACAAGCUGAGCUGCGAGAACGUACAGAACAUUAUAAUCAACUCUGGCUAGCUUGUCAAAGACAGUUGGGUGAGAUGGAAAGGCUUCAUUUGCAUAUACAACAGCUCCAGCUUGAAUUGGUUGAUGUUAGAGAGAAGACUGGAAGCAACAUGGAUGGUUCUAAUAUCUCCCAUAAAAAUGUGAUUGAUGCUUCUACACUUGAAAAUGGCAACGGUGGCCAGCAAGAUGUGCAUAGUAAUGGUUCACAUACUACAAAUGUUGGCAGCCUACAAAAUGGAAAAUUUGAAGUUUCUGGUGGAAACACGUCAACACAGGGUGACAAUGUUCAAGUUGUUGCCUUUGGUCCUACACCCCUUCUUGGCAUGGCACCCUAUGCUCAACCAGGACAAGUGACUGCUUUGCAUCCAUUUGUAAUGCAUCAACAAGGUGUUCCUCACCCUUCACAUGUUAUGCAAUCUCAUUUUCACUCGGUAUCCACAUUGCCCUCUGUUCAAAAUUGGCAGCAGGGUCAACCAGAUGGCCAACAUGUUCCUACCCCUAAUCAAUAUAAUCAAGAAACCGAACAAAAUGUGGUGAAAAUUCAAUCUAAUAUUGACUACGAAGCCUCUGGGAAUGAUCAGAUUCUUCACGUGAAUACCUUGGAUUCAAAUAUCAGCCGAGGAUUAGCUGCUGAUUCAAUCCCAUCAGCAAAUGGAGAUGGAAAGAUUCUCGACUCCAUCGAAAAAGGUUAUGUUAAUACACAAUCUCCAGAGAGCUUGCAGCAAGUGUCUUCCCAUUUUCGAAGCGCGCUUAGUUUGGAUCAUCUAGAACAUGGCAACGACACUAAGGAGGAACAAGUUAACCAUGUUCAUGAUCAUGUAACGGGAAACAGGAACCCAAUGGAAAAUCCUGAUCAUGCUGGCCUGGCAUCAUCAGAAAGAAUUGCUAAUGUUCAGAAUUUCAGUGAGAAAACCACUAAUAAUGGCUCGAGUACUGAUAUGGCUGAUGCAUCUGUAUCUGCUGGGCAGAAGAGUAUCACAGGAAACACUGCAGAAAGUUCAUCUGUAUCUGCUGGGCAGAAGAGUAUCACAGGAAACACUGCAGAAAGUUUUCUACUGGAUGAAAGAGUAUUAUUGGCAUCUAUAGCUCGCACAAUAGGCUCUGGUGGCAGAAUUAGGAUUAGUUCAACGCUUCCAAAUAGACUUGGGAAAAUGCUCGCCCCACUUCACUGGCAUGAUUACAAAAGGAAGUACGGAAAGCUUGAUGAUUUUGUAGCUGGUCAUCCUGAACUGUUUUUUAUUGAGGGCGACUACAUUCAGCUUCGUGAAGGGGCACAGGAAACCAUAGCAGCCUCAGCGGCAGUUGCCAGAGCUGCUGCAGCCGCUGCUGCAGCUCCAUCAUCAUACUCGUCAUCGUUGCCUUCUGUAGCAGUCACUCCCAUGGCUCAGUCCCACCGACUGAAGAAGGCCUCACCUCCUGACUCGUCUCACGCAAAUGUUGACAAGACCAGCUUUAAUGAGUUUGGUGCUCCUAGACCUUUGAAUGUGAAUGACCAUGCUUCUCAGUUCUCAGCUGCGCAGAGCCAGAACGUAAACGGUGGUUCACUUCGUGGCCCUGUAGGAACAUCAAAUGUCAAAAUUUUGAGCAAAGCCAAAGAUCAAGUGGAGCCGAAUGGUAAUGAGACUGAACUUGGCCGUUCUACGCUGCGGCCAGUUGGCAAGGGUGGAUCUCAUGGGAGGUCUGGAAUGAGUUCAGCUGGGAAACAACAAAGGGCAAUUGGGGCUGUGUCAAAUGUGAGAAGAUAGUAAACAUUCUUCUUUGGAAAAGGGUAUGCUAAGUAUGGAAUUGGAGAAGAUGAGUGGCCAAAGGCUUUGAUAGCACAAGUUAAAUUGUCCAGUUAUAUUUUUACCCUGUGCAAAUCGAUUCUAUGAUACUUGUUAUUUAAAAUAUCUAUUCUCUUUAAUUUGGAGAACUCAAAUUUUUUGCU